UCUCUUUUUUGUCUUUUUAAAAAAUCAACGAUCAUUCAUUCAAACUGUUCUUGUUCCUGCCUCUGUCCUUGUAACUGCUGUUGGCCUGUCCUCGAUUCCUUUUCUCGGUACAGCUACCUGUUGUAGAUAAAAGUAACAUCUGUUCUGCUUGCUCCUCUCCAUGGCACGAGGGAACCGUCAACGGCCACCACUUCACCACUUUGCUGUCUCAGACUCUAAUGCCGCCACCAACCCUAACUUACGCAUCCCUCCUCGUACCUCAAGCACUAUCAACACAAAGACAUCUAUAUCUGCAGCAUCUUCAAAUAUACCCACUGCCAUCAGCCCAUCCACCCCCAUUAGUUCCUCCAUUCAAUCAUUCUCAUCUGUCCACUCAACUACUGUCACCUCUCAUCUCAAUUCUACAUUAAAGGAUAAAGACAAACAAAAAGACAAAAGCAAAAAUAACGAAUCAGACAUGAAUAAGCUUACAAAACCAAAGGGAGGCUUCUUUGGUAGCAGCAAAAGCACCACUAACAGCACCACCUCUGUUUCCAAGAACGCUAAUCCCGCAUCAAAGAAACAAGGAAAUAACCAGGAUAACAGAGGCACUACCUCUUCAAUCUCCAAAAAUGACAGCAGUGCACCUGUCCUUCCACUUCUCCUGUCGGACGACUUUGAUUUCUCGCUUCCGUUCCUGAGCGAUUCUAUAUCCACCGCAAACUCAUCUUCCUCUGCCUCAAAAGUUUCACCCACUCCAGUCGUGAUCACUUCCAGUGCGCCUUUAACUCUCUCUUCCCCUUCAAUCUCCGCGCUGUCACCUUCCUAUCCUCAUUCGAGGCCACCAAACUCGAGCUCCCCACCCUCUCCCCGGGUCCAAGAUUACAUUGAUUCCUCACCAGCCACUCCAGUCUCUACAGCUCCCACGCAUGUGCUUCCAAAAUCUGGCACCAACAGUAGUCUCUACAACAAUAACAGUAGUUCCCAAAAAAAACCUACAGAGAUCAUUCAUCAAUCGACCCGACGGGGGUCCUCGCGGCCAGAGAUCAGCGACUAUUUUGUAGGCAACAACGAUGAUCUAUCCACUAAACAGUCGUCCACCAAGAGUUUGAAGAGCUUAAACAAAGCGACUCAUGAGAGUGACUUUAGUAAUCAUGAGCGAAGCGAAACCCCUGCAAAUACUCGAACACCGACCAAUGACGAUUACCAGACCCCUCCAAGGUUCGUUAUCCGGCAGCCAUCACGUCCCGCCCUUUCAAAUGAAUUUGAAACGACUUCAAAGCCCUCGUCUACGAUUUCUAUGAUUAGCCUAGGUUCUUCAUCUCAUGCUCAGUCUUUAAAGUCACAGCAACGACAACUCAAUAGACAUACUAUUGACACCCCUUUACAGCAAAAGCAGAUGUCAGAUGUAUCUCGGUCAAGCCCUUCACCAAGACCUGUGGCCAUUGUGCGAAAAGAAAGGGCGUUUUCUGAUGUGUCAACAAGGCCAUCGGAAAUAAAGUCGCUAUCAUCUUCUGCUAAAUCAAGUCCUGUGUCAACUAAGAGCCUCACAACUGGAAUAGAACCAAACAGUCCAAAUCUGCGGUCGCGUCUGACGCGUUUGUUUCGUCCGAAUCCCAAAUCCGACAGGCCCUCCAGUUCUAAUUUGGAGCAACAGCGUCGCCGCAGCAGUCAGCAAAAGAUAACCAAUCAGACUCAAGGAUCAUCGAUUCCGCGGCCAAGGGGCCUGACUGUGCCUGCACCAACGUCAAAAAUGCAAGGAAGGCUGCAAGGUUCAUCCCAAUUGCCAAGCCAGCUGUUGCCACAGUCGAAACUGGAACAGCUGUCUCAUCAAAAACAGGAACACCAGCAGGAACAGACAGCUUCGUUAUUACCACUAAUAUUACCAACAUCAAAUUUGGCAUCAAAUUUUACACAAGAUCUCUCUAGCCAAAACUCCUUCAGUGUGACAGAUAACCCUCCUGAUAUCCUUGUUAGCGAAGGGAAGCAGUAUGAAGCUGACUCCAGUAGAGGAGCUGAAAGGUAUGGGUCUUUGUUAUCUUUAUAAACAAUUUUUUUUUUGUGCAUGGGUCACAGUUGGAUUUAUUGUGCGUGUAAUUGAGAUGAAAUAUGGACCAUGUUGUUAAAAAUAUCCCAAAGUAGGCCUUUAAGAAAAAAAAAAGCUGGGUAGAGAUGACAUCUUGAGUUGAGAAGUUAUUCGGUG